AAUGACUGAUAAUCAAUAAGUUCCUUUUGGAAGUGGAAUGUUUUAAGGUCAAGCAAAGUUUGUGGAUUAUGCUCAUAUGAAUUAAUAAGAAGUAUAAGUGAACACUUUAGAUGAGCCAGUUACGGAUACUUUAGUAAAUUUGAUUUUGAUUAUAAAGUUGAGAGAUAUCAAUAUGAUACUAUAUAAAUUAUCAUAUGUCAUAAUUCCAAGAAUGAAGGAAACCCAAGGAAGGAAAUUAAGAAAUUGUAAAAGAAUAGAUUAAAUUAAAUUAGGGGAUUUAUGGGGACCACUUCUUUUAUCAUUAUUGUUAGCGAUGUAAAUAUAAAAUGAUUAUAAAUUAGGACUUUAGGAAUAAAUUCUAAUCAAUCAUGUACUAGUUGAGAUAAUUGAUUUUUAGCUGAUACUAUCUUUGGUACAAUUUUUAUUAUAAUGUGGGGUGGAUCUGCAGUAAUAACGUAAGUUUAAAGUUUAAGUUUGAAUUUAGAGUAAAUGCAAAAUUGUUAGGUGGAUAAGUUUCAUUUUUUUAGAGUGUUUGUGUACUUGGUUAUUGUGUAUUUCCAAUAAAUAUAGCUGCUGUUUUGAUAACUUUCUUUUAAUCAUAUUUUGGAUUUUUCUUAAGAAUAAUAAUUGUUGGAGUUGCAUUUUUAUGGUCAACAUUUUGUAUAUUUAUUAACACUAUUAAUAGCUUCGUUGUCUUUCAUGAGUAGUAUGAUGAAUGAAGAAAAGAAAGUUAUUUCAGUUUAUCCAAUAUUUUUAUUUUACAUGUUUCUGUCAUGGUUUUGCAUUUUUAUUUGA